AUGUAUAACAAGUUGCAAAAUCUGAGACAUGAAACACGGUCUGUGGAAGAAUAUGCUGAAGAAUUCUACCUACUACUCACGUUUAAUGACAUCAAUGAUAGUCAGACACAACUUGUUUCAAGAUUGAUCGGUGAAUUACGCUCUCAGUUACAAAAUUCUUUGUCACAAUUCGACCCUACAACCGUCUCGGAGGCUCACAGGCGAGCAGCUUCUUUUGAGAAACAAAUGAGGUCAGCCUCAUGGAACUUUACUAACACUCGUCCUCGUUCACUAGAGCAGCAAACACCUCCAACGAAUAUUGCUUCUCGUGAAGGGGAUGAGCAAAUCAAAAUAGUGACCCGUAAUACGAAUGACGAACAAGGUUUGCGUCGAUCAGCAAGGACAGAAAACGGUGAAAUUUUAAGCUUGGCUAGAAAGCUAUCUCCUCCAAACCCUCGAAGACACUGCGUUCGUCUCUUAGAAACCGCUGAAUUUCAUAUGAAGUUCCCUCCAGAUGGUAUGCAGAUCUAUCCUCGUAACGACCGACGGUUUUCAUGUGGCUAUGCGUCUGGUAUGAUGUAUUUCUAUGGUAUGCGGAUCAAAGAGGAUGAUUACGAUGGAGUGCCUGUGCUAUGUAACCCUAUAACGGGACAUUAUGCGACCUUGCCUGCUAUUGCAAGGUUUAGACAAGCGUUUAGCUUUUUCGGGUAUGAUCCGAUUGACAAGCAAUUCAAGGUAUUGUUCAUGAUCAUGGCUUACCCAUGUAGUCCUGAUCAUCAUAAAGUUCUGAAACUUGGAAGUGGAGAAAUGAGUUGGAGAAGAUUAAAACGUACCUUAAGACAUGAAAUUAUGAGUGAAGGUAUAUGCAUCAAUGGGGUUGUGUAUUACUUGGGUGAUACGUCUGAGGUUUUGACUUCUUUUGUGGUAGUUUGCUUUGAUGUGAGGUAUGAGACAUUCAGCUUUCUUUACCCUGGAAGCUAUUGUGAACUGAUAAAUUACAAAGGAAAGUUGGGUUUGGUUUUUUAUGAUGAUUACGAUGGUGAUACCAUUAAGUUGCGUCUUUGGGUUCUAGAGGACGAGGAGAAAAAUGAAUGGUCGAAAUAUGCCUACGUGUUGUGGGAUGAUAUAUUUUUGGCUCAUUAUGUUUCGGUAGUUGGAGUGACUGCUACGGGUGAAAUUGUUUUGUCGAUGGCUGAUUAUACAUCUAAGCAACCCUUCUAUAUUUUCUACUAUAACCCUGAAAUGAAUACUCUUCAAUGUGUUGAAAUUCGAGGUUUUGGAGAAUACCAUGAAGCGUCGGGCAAUAGGAGUAGAGUCUGCGUCUUUGUAGACAACGUCUUUGAGAAAGAUUGUAGUAGAUUCUACGCUUUAGCAGACCAUGUAGAAGAUAUUAACGUCAUCGAUUCAAAGCUACUCAAGUCAAAGAUCUAUGAAGAUACUUACCCGAACUUAGAAGAUUAUGAACAAUCAGACCACGACGAAACAUCAGACGACGAAGAAUCUUUACGUUCUUAUAACUAUUCUUAUAAGCCAUAUAUGUACGCAGGAGAAGAAGAACGCAGAAAAAGAAGUAGAAGAACGAGAAGGAGUACGAUAAGGAGAAGAUAG